AUGAAGAUUACAUUUACUACUUAAUCAAAUUCAACUUAAAAUAAAUAUUGGGGAAUUAAUGCAUUUGAUUUAUAUAUUGGAAAAUGUUCAAUUAAUUGUGAAUAAUGUUACGGACCUGGUUAUAAAUAAUGUACUGCUUGUAUUAAAGAUUGGGUAGUUUUUAAAGGAGAAUGUAUUUAUUACAAUUAAAUUCCCCCUUUAACUUGGGAGCAUAUUAGCAUAGUUUAAUAACUAAAUAAUAUUUCAGAUAAUAUUUAUUAAAUAUAAUUAAAAAGUGAUUAAAUUGAUUAAGAAACCCUAAAAUUAGGUGAAAAUGAAAUCGAAUUUGAUUUAAAUAUGCCAAUAUUAAACUUAGAAAUUCAAGCCUAAUGUCUAAAAAAUGUAAAUAUAUACAACUCCUUUCAAAUCUAUAUCAGAUAAAAUAAUUAGAAGUAAUAUCUUUAUACUUUUAGUUGUAAAGAAAAUUUACCAACUAUUAUUAUUAAGACACAUUAAGUCUAAAAAUUUGAAUAAAUUAAAUAAUUCUUACUUAAUUUAACUGAAACAAGUGUUGAAUUAUAUUAAUUAGUAAUAAUAGAAUAUUAACAAACAUAACUUUUAAUUUUGAGCCUAAAUUUCAUAUGGAUUUGA